CGCGCACACCGUCGCGCAGGCGCUUGUUCUAAGCGCGGCGGCGGCGGCUCCUCUCCCCUACCAAAACCCUACGCGCACGGCGUUUUCCUGGCACGCUGCACACUCACGCGCGCCUCGUUGGGCCCUCCCGCCGCGCCCACCCCGCCCGCUCGCCGUGUCCCCGUCUGCUCCCUUGCCGCCGCCGCCGCCUCCUCCACGUAGGCUCGAUUCUAAGGGCGGGCCCUGCCGGAAACCCUCCCUGCGCGUAGGCCGCGGCGGCGCGCCCCCGGGCCCGGCGGUGUCCAGCAUCCCUCUGCUCGACGCGGUGAGGACAUUACAGCGGUACAAGAGUGAACAAAGAGGCAAAAAAAAAGAGUAAGACAGUAUGCCGAAGAAGGGGACCAAAUCCAAGAAGGCGGUGGAUGAUGUUCCAGAUCAACAAGAAAAUAAGCUUCCGGAUUACCUUGAGCUCCAGCGCACCCGUGUUGUGUGCAAUGCAGAUGCCCCUAUUCAUACUCAAGGUUUCCAAUACUCGGGUGCUUUUGCUGCUAUGGGCAUUGAUAAUAGUGUGUCAGUGGAGAAAUUUUGCAAGAACUUCAAAAUUGAUAUAAAGCGUCUCACUGAAGAUGAUAUGGAGUUUGAUAUGAUUGGUGUUGAUGCAUCAAUAGCUAAUGCUUUCCGGAGAAUCCUCAUCGCAGAGGUUCCAACUAUGGCCAUAGAGAAAAUCUUCAUGGCUGACAACACGUCAGUUAUAGCAGAUGAGGUUCUUUCACAUAGACUAGGACUUAUUCCACUUGAUGCAGAUCCAAGGCUUUUUGAUUAUAUCUCAGAAAAUGAUGUCCCAAAUGAAAGGAACACUAUUGUUUUUAAACUGCAUGUGUCAUGUGAAAAGGGUUCUCAACGGAUUACAGUGAAAUCUGGUGAACUAGAGUGGUUGCCAGAAGGUAGCCAAUUAAGCAUGGCAUCUCCUGCGCAGUCUGGGGACAAACAGAAGACUUUCACUUCCUUCAGUCAAAGCCAAAAGGAGAUCUUAGAAAAGCCUCUCGGUGUGAAGUUUAAAGAUAUAACUAUUGCCAGGCUUGGGCCAGGACAGGCUAUUGAGCUCGAGGCACAUGCUGUUAAGGGAGUUGGGAAAGUUCAUGCAAAGUGGUCUCCAGUUGCUACAGCCUGGUACAGAAUGCUCCCUGAGGUUGUCAUUCUUGAACAAAUUGAAGGUGAAGAGGCAGAGGAGCUCGUGAAGAAGUGCCCAGUUAAUGUUUUUGAUAUUGAAGACCUGGGUAAUGGUGGAAAGAGGGCAGUUGUCGCAAAGCCAAGGGCUUGCACGCUCUGUAGAGAAUGUGUCAUGGGACCAUGCGGGGAAAAAAUCCAACUACGGCGUGUUAGAGACCAUUUCAUAUAUACCAUCGAGUCGACGGGAGCUCUGCCCCCAGAGGUGCUAUUCACAGAAGCCGUGAAGAUUUUGGAAGAGAAAUGCGAGAGGGUCAUAUCUGAGCUAUCCUGAGAGGCAGGCACAUGCGACAAUGGAGUAAAACAGUCUCGUCCACCAUAUCCGGUAUUUUGCAGGAGAUUAGUGUGCGAUCAAACAUUUUUGUGGUGGUUGUUUGGCUCAAGAAUGUGAGCUGAAUUAGUACUAUCGGUGCUACAGAAUAGCCUGUAACACUCGAGCGUAAUGUUAGAGUUAAACAGUGUCCGUUGAAUCAACUGGCAACAUACACUUGUGGACAUGAGCUGAAAUGGCCGUUUCUUCUCAGGCAAAAA